CUUUUCGUCCUUCCUCACAAGUUCAUGAUUUCCCUAACCCCUUUUUAUGCUCAGUCAAAAUCUGAAGAAUACUGAGCAUCACAUUGUGAGACAUUCUUGACGUCUACCUACCAAUUCAUGUAUCACCAGUCCCUAGUCUCUGUUGAUACAAGAGCGGUGACUCAUGUGUGAAGGGUACAAUCGCGCUUAUUAGAUCUCGGAAAGCCCGACCGUCUGAGCGUCUUAAUAUAUCGUCCAACGAGGACCUGACCAUAGCAACAAUGCUCCUACAAGUGGCGCAGAGUUUGCUGAACAGCCUCACCCCGACUGUUCUUCUCUAUGGCACCACCGCUCUUCUCAUCCUACUCGGCUGCGGCCUAACCAUUGUACUCCAAUCCAGCAAUGCAUCGACCAUCCGCAGACAGCUCAAACACCUGAAGCUGCAAGGCAUCAGUCCGUCAAAUAGUAACAUGACCGACCAGUACGACAGCAAAUAUGCGAUUCCAGAGGACACCAACGCGGUACCAAAAGAGCCCAUCCGAAUCAAAUCCAUCUACAUCCAUCCUAUCAAAUCAUGCGGACCGAUCGAGCUGGAUCGUGCGCUCCUGACUAAGACCGGAUUCCUAUACGAUCGAUGCUUUGCCCUGGCCACAGAAACUGCAUCCCCCGGUUCUCCUCCGGAAUGGAAAUUCAUCAGUCAGCGCACCAAACCGACCAUGUCGCUAAUCCAAACCUACCUAUGGACUCCCCAUGGAUCGAGCGAUCCGAACGACCCGCUCGUACAAGCAGGUGGCUGCUUAGUUGUCACCUUCCCAGACCCAGAUAUUGACAGUCACCCCUUGCGCUGGAUCGACCGACUCGACUCUUUUGUUCACACCGGCAAUCUCAACCCGACCCCGGAGAUCUCAUUCAUCGUUCCCCUGCACCCAACCCCAAAACAAGUUUCCUCAUACGACAUCAGCCUCCAGGAAUUUGGAAUCCACGGUCGCACCGCCUCAGGACUCAACAUCUCUGCCCUCCCCGGCAUUGUAACUGCGCUUCCGAAGCUGAAACGGUUCCUUCGCAUCCCAGACUCCCAGCCUCUCGCAUUACUAAGAUGCACGCCGGACACGCUACUACCAACGACCAAGAACCUCGCUCCGCUGGAACAUAUCGGCUCGCGAGCUGUCCACGGAUACACUGACCAGCAACCGGUCAAUAUCAACAGUGUAUCCUCCGUGCAUGCCGUCUCGGCAUUGUUACCACCCGAGAACCAGCCCCUCAACGCGCUGCGCUUCCGCGCUAACAUCUGGACCACCGGAUCCGUGGCCUACGACGAAGAGACAUGGAAACGGUACCGCAUCAUCCCCAAACGACAGACCAGUUCACCACAAGCCGACAGAUACGCCGACGUAUCCCCAACCCUCUCAGUAGUAUGUCGUACCUCGCGAUGUACCAUGCCCAACGUGAACCCCGACACCGGAGUCUUCGACACCGACGUGGCCCCUGCGGGACGGAAAAAAGGAAAGCCUCAGCCCAGCACGACGCUGGUGGCGCAUCGCACGGUCGAGACGGGGAAUGCAUCCGCGCUGGGGUAUCUGGGAAUGCAUUGUGUGCCGGAGGAUUCGGGGUUGAAGGAGGCGGAGAGGCAGGGACGGGGUUUGGUUGUUAGUGUUGGGGAUGAGAUUGAGGUUUUGGAGAGGGGGGUCCAUGUUUAUGGGUCGACCGGGAGUGAUUAUUAGAGUAUAUUAAGAUAAGAGUCCCGAUAUUUUAUCUUCGAUAUAUCAUGUAUACUUUACACGGUUUGAACUAUGGAAGUGCAUAUGAAGAGGGACAUUUAUAGAACCAUGAUGAAUAGCAAGUGUUAUCAGUGAAGGAGGUAGUUAAUUCCUAUAGUAUCAAUCAUAAGCACCAAUCAAGCCUUGAACACAUACAUGGACCAUGGAU